CUUUCAACAUACUUCCUAAAACUUCAGGAGUAGUAACACUAAAACCGUAGGAGCAAACUAUAGUGGCGCAUUCCAAAGACGGCAAAACGAGCUUACGAUGACAUCCAACACUUUGAACGCCAAUGUUGGAAUACAAGAGAAACCUCCUUCGGCUACGUCGGAAAUAGAAAACAAACAUGUUACGUACAGAGGAAAUAGUUUGCACUCAGUGAUUAAGGAAUGGAUAGAUUAUCUACCAAAUAUAAAAUGGCGCAAUGUUACUAUAAUAACUUUUUGGCAUUUAUGUGCAUUGUACAGCUUGUUUACUAUCGACUUUACAAUGGAUAUCAGGACAGUCCUUUGGUAUAUCUUUAUUUGCGCAAUUCAAGGGAUGGGCUUCACCGCUGCUGCUCAUCGUUACUGGUCGCAUCGAAGUUUCAAAGCAAAAUUGCCAUUUAAAAUCAUACUUCUUCUUUGCCAUCUCACAGCUGGCCAGAUCAAUAUCAGUUGUUGGGUCAAAAAUCAUCGGAUACAUCAUAAAUACGUGGAUACAGACGCGGAUCCAUAUAACAGCAAUCGAGGAUUCUUCUUUUCUCACCUCGGGUGGCUGAUGGUAAAAAGGCAUCCUGAGGUUAUCAAAAAAGGUCAACAAAUCGAUAUAAGCGAUAUUAAGGCGGAUCCUCUCGUUAUGUUCGCUGAUAAGCAUUUUUGGAAACUAACUUUCAUUUUCGCCCAUAUGAUACCGAUUGUGAUGCCCGUUUACGGGUGGAACGAAACAUGGACAAUGUCAUUGAAAUUGCAUUUAUUGAGUUAUAUAUUCGGGGUCCAUGGUGCGAGUAGUAUUAAUAGUUUCGCUCACAUGUGGGGUACAAAACCGUAUAACAUGCAUAUUAAACCAACCAAUAACGUGAUGGUCUCAAUAGUUUCUUUCGGCGAAGGUUCACAUAAUUAUCAUCACGUGUUCCCAUGGGACUACAAAGCAUCUGAAUUCGGUACACACACAUACAACUUUGCGACUAUGUUCAUCGAUUUCUUUGCAAAAAUUGGUUGGGCAUAUGAUCUACAAGAACCGUCUCCGGAGCUCGUGAAGUCUGUCGCAAUGAAGAAUAAAAUGGCCGAGCGCCAUUGCAAGUGGGUUGCUGUAUCGCCUCCGAAUGGUGAAGGUAAAAUAUAUUCGUAACCUAACUUAUAUGAGUUAGACAGGACUCCUGUAUGUCCUGUAUGAAAUCGCACAGUCUACGGUCCACGACCAGCAUUACAUUUGUUUUAACAUAUAGAACGAACUGCUUCUUAUUGAGGAAUAGCAGUUUACUGAAUAUAAGGAAGAAAUUAUAUUCCUCUGGUUUUUAUAUUCUUUUAACGGAGUGUUGGGCAUAAAUAAAAAUAUAAACUGAAUAAUUAUUG